UGUUGAUCCCUUCGGUUAAGCACCUAAACCGAGGCGCAUGUUGUAGCCGGAACUAGCAACCAAAUGACAGGUCAGAGGACUGCCCGAAUCCCGCCUCACCGAUUUGUGUAGGUCAACGAAAGUAGCAGUCAACUUUUUUGACUACCAGUCGCACGUCACAACAGCUCAAUCUUCUCUCCAAUUUCUGCCAGCGCGAGCAAUUGGACCCCUCUAUUCCGGUUUACUGUUUACUGGAUCGAUCUACGGAGUAAUCCGACUUUCCACCCUCCCCGCGUCUCUGAGCCCAAGCUACAAAUACAAAACAGAUCCAUGAUCGCGAAAUAUCACUUCGAACACAUCUAACAACGUCAACGUCGCAAUAUAUAUAAAAAUGAGCUCCCGCACUAUUCCACCUCUGCUCGAACCAUAUACCCGCCUACCUCCCUCGACGUCUCUUACGCUGCUCACAUCCGUACUGAGCGCUUCGACCAACUGGCUCGUGUUGCGAUACUUGUACGCGGCCUUGGCCAGUGCGGGACAACAGCAAGAUGAAGCUUCCGCGGAGUCAGAUGUCGCGGUCGUGCUCGUGAGCUUUUUGCGGGAUGGGGAGUUUUGGAGAGAGGGCGCGCGGAGAAUGGGUCUCGAUCUCAGACGUCUUGCGGUCCAAGGACGUUUCGCGUUCGUCGAUGGAUUGACUGAGCUCUUCGCGCCGCCUGCAUCGCAGUCUCCUUCUGCGUCUCCAAGUUAUCCUAUAAGACCCGCGCGUGGUCCAGGCGCUGUUCCUCCGCGUGGGCCGCUGGGCGUACAGGCUCCUGGUGGCGCUCCAAUUUCAGCGGCGUCGGCACCGACGGCUGCGUCAAUCCCGCAAACGACAGUGCUAGAUUCUCCGAAGCUCGAGAGCGUCGGCGAGUCGAUUAAGGUACAGAUUCGCCGGUUAAGAACGGCGACUCAGGGACAAGCACAAACACAAACACAGUCACCUGCUAGUGUGGGUUCCGGAUUGAAUGGGCCCAGAAGCGCAGCAAGUUCUGCGAGGGCACCGCCGGCGGCGGCACCAUUUGGCGCUGCUCCUGCUGGUGGUGGUGCCGGUUCUGGGAGACCGAGCGUCAGUGGCUCACAGCAGGAGCGGAAAGUGCUGCUCAUUGUGGACCAGCCGGAUGUGUUGCUUGCUACUACGGGGGUAAAUGCUACGGAUAUGGUGAAUUGGGUAUUUGGCCUGCGCGAGCAAGUUCAUUCUACAACUAUCACUCUUGCGGCAGACGCGCCAUUGGUGCAGUCGCCGACGACGCCGCUUGAGCAAGCGCACGCUUCGUUUCUGCUGAGUCUUGCGCACCAGGCUCGACUUACCGUCUCCCUGCGAUUAUUAGACACGGGUACAGCCAAAGACGUCAGUGGAGUCAUGCAGUUCACGAGAGGCGCAGACGAGCUUGAUGACAAAACUGAAGACGAGCAUCUCGAAGACAAGGAGUUGUUGUACUUCAUUGCGGCUGAUGGGGCUGCAAAAGUGUUUGAGCGGGGAACGUAAAAUGUCUGGGCUGUCAGAUGAUGCGAUUGGUUUGGAGCUUGCAUGUUUGCAUUUCAUGGUUUAGAAAAGAAAGAUAUUGGGAAAGCGAGCAUUAUUCGGCGUUGGACGGUCUAUUAAGGCAGUGAAUUUUGUUGGACUGUUUUUGCAAACGUAAAUAGAAUUUGGGGACCGUCUUGGGAGAAUGCAGUUCGACGAGUCCAUUCUGUAUAGACAUAUUUGGCAAUCGAAUAAACUGGCUGGUGGCGAC